CAUUCUGGUGAAACACAAAUUAUUAAUUUGAUCAAGUAGUAAAGUCCCCUGUUUAAUUUUUCAGUCUUUUUUGGUUGCUUGUUUCUUCCUACUCUGACCUGCUACCAGUAAAGACAAAGAAGCUAAAAAGUAAGUCAACCAUCUAUAUGGCUUUCCUUUUUCACCACAAAAAGGUCCAAAAAAGACAUCAUCUCACAAGUACUGAGUUACAUAGAGAGUCAAGAAAGCAAUAAAACCCCACUUUUCCCGGUCCUUUUAUCUCCAGCGUUCUUGUCAUAAUUUCUUUUCAUACAUAGCCACAAGUGGGGUUAAACAAUUACAGCCAAGUUCAUUAGAAAGUUUCAAUCUUUUUUGUUGUCAUAUUCUUGAAGUAGAGAAAGAGGAAGUUUCUUUGGUUCACAUUAGAUCUGGGGUUCACGGGUUUUGUGAGGUUUUUAUUGAAGUAGCAAAGAUGAAAACUUGAGUUUUGCUAUUUGUGUGGUGGCUAUUUGAGCUAAAAAUAUUGCAUCUUUUUUGAGGUUCUUGCUGUGAUGGGGAUUUGUCUGAGUAACCAAAUCAAGGCUGAGACCACACUUUAUACUGCUUCAGGGUUGGGUUCAAGAAAUGCCAGUGGAAAUGGUACCGAUACUAGUAAUUCGAAUAGCAAACGCUCAUCAGCUUCUGUACCUCCAACUCCACGGAGUGAGGGUGAGAUCCUGCAGUCCUCCAACUUGAAGAGCUUCACUUUUGGUGAACUACGAUCUGCAACCAGAAAUUUCCGUCCUGACAGUGUAGUAGGAGAAGGAGGUUUCGGUUCGGUUUUCAAAGGCUGGGUGGAUGAGCAUACUCUUGCAGCAUCAAAGCCCGGCAUGGGAAUUGUGAUAGCUGUUAAAAAGUUAAACCAAGAAGGUUGGCAGGGACACCGGGAAUGGCUGGCUGAGAUCAAUUAUCUUGGGCAACUACAGCAUCCAAAUCUUGUAAAAUUGAUCGGUUAUUGCUUAGAGGAAGAUCACAGGCUCUUGGUCUAUGAGUUCAUGCCUAAGGGUAGCACAGAGAAUCAUCUAUUUAGGAGAGGUUCAUACUACCAACCACUUUCUUGGAGCCUUCGUAUGAAAGUUGCGCUUGGUGCUGCUAGGGGCCUUGCAUUUCUUCAUAAUGCUGAAACAAAAGUUAUUUAUAGAGACUUCAAGACCUCUAAUAUUCUGCUGGACUCGGACUACAACGCAAAGCUUUCUGAUUUUGGGUUGGCCAGAGAUGGUCCGACGGGUGAUCAGAGCCAUGUGUCUACUAGGGUUAUGGGAACUUAUGGAUAUGCUGCUCCAGAGUAUUUAUCCACAGGCCAUCUUACUGCCAAGAGUGACGUAUACAGCUUCGGGGUAGUUCUAUUAGAAAUUCUAUCCGGUAAGAAAGCGAUAGACAAGAAUCGACCCACGGGGGAACACAGUCUCGUUGAUUGGGCAAAACCUUAUUUGACCAACAAACGUAGAGUUUUCCGUGUUCUAGACUCCCGUCUCGAAGGACAAUAUUCGCUCAGUCAUGCCAUAAAGGUUGCCAUCCUGGCUCUUCAAUGCAUAUCGAUGGACCCUAGGUCAAGGCCAACUAUGAACGAAGUGGUAACAGCUCUAGAACAGCUUCAGCAGUCCGCGAAAAAGGAUAAAAAGGACCGGCAGGUAAAUCAGCACAACCGAUCAAGUUUUGCGCUCAAGAAGUCCCGCAGAAAUAGUGCUGAAGAGAUCCCCGUGAAGGCAAAGUAUCCAAGACCUUCACUGUCACUUUUUUGAUAAAAAGAGGAAAGAAAGUUUUUGGUGUUCCGGUUACUGGCUAGCACUCUUUUCUUCAAGAAAUUCUAGCAUAUAACUAAGGGGUCGUUUGGUAGAAGGUAUAAGCUGGGAUAUCCCAGCACUAAUUUUUAUACCAUGUUUGGUAGAAGGUAUAAAUUUAUCCCAGGAUAAAUUUAUACCUUCUUCAAGAAAUUCUAGCAUAUAACUAAGGGGUCGUUUGGUAGAAGGUAUAAGCUGGGAUAUCUCAGCACUAAUUUUUAUACCAUGUUUGGCUGGGAUAAAUUUAUACCUUCUACCAAACAUGGUAUAAAAAUUAGUGCUGGGAUAUCCCAGCUUAUACCUUCUUAUCCCACUUAUACUGGGAUUAUUUUAUACUUAGAUGGUAUAAAAUAAUCCCAAUAGAUGGGAUAAAUUAGUCCCGGGAUUAUAAUCCCGGGAUAAUUUCGACUAUCUACCAAGCGACCCCUAAGAGAAAAUGCCUCCACAAAGAUGUACAGCUUGUCCCACUUCUAUUUUUGAGUUUUAGUCUGUUGGAUAAUGGUUGAACUAUGGAUUUGUGCGUAUCAAUUUAUUAGUUAUGGAAGUUUUACCUGCUA